CAGGACUAAUGAAUUAAAACAUUUGGACUCUCCACUAAGUGCCUAUGACAGGAGGAGGGUUUUCUUUUGGUCUUGCUUUUUCUAGAAGCAUGACAACAUCCUGGCUGUUGGAGAGGCAAGGAAAGGAGAGAGGGCUCGUGGAAGGAAGCGGAACAGGGAGGUCCCAUGGGACGCCGGGGUCUGGGGGAGACCAGGUAGCGGCGUGCCGCCCUGCCAGCUGUCUCCACUCCUCAGACUCUGAGUGGCUGCUAUGCAGCAGGUGCAGCCUGCUCUCUUAUUGAGUCUUCACUCCACAAAGGCAACGGCUGGCCAAGGCAGUUGCUGGCCCUGGAUUACACAAGUGCAGACACUCAACUAAGUGAGCUGGAAGACCCAGGAGAAGACCCAGGCUCAGGUGCCCACAUGAUCAGCACAGCCAGGGUACCUGCAGAUAAGCCAGUACGCAUCGCUUUCAGCCUCAGUGAUGCCUCAGAUGAUACACCUCCUGAAGACCCCAUUCCUCCGGUCUUCCCAGAACUAGACCAGCAGCUACAGCCGCUGCCGCCUUGUCACGAGUCCCCGGAAUCCAUGCAGGUGUUCAGGCAGCACUGCCAGCUCGCCGAAGAAUACCAUGAGGUCAAAAAGGAGAUCGCCCUACUGGAGGAGAGGAAAAAGGAGCUCAUUGCCAAGCUGGAUCAGGCGGAAAAGGAGAAGGUGGAUGCUGCCCAGCUAGCUCAGGAGUACGAGGCGCUGAUGGAGGAGAACCGGACACUGAAGCUGGCUCAGUCUCAGUGUGUAGAACAACUGGAAAAACUCAGAAUACAGUACCAGAAGAGGCAGGGCUCAUCCUAACGUGAAGUUAUGCAGCAUGAGCUUCGAGGCUGGUGCCCGCUAUGCGCUGGCCGAAAGAUUUUUAUUUCCAAGGGAUAAGAGUAAAAUCUAUUAUAGCUUCUCUUUAUUACCCACAUGGCAAAUGCCUAUAAUGAGUUUAAUGCUUACCAGCUUCUAGCCUGAGAGAAAGGAUCUUUUAUUUAAAGAUAAUUAAAUGGAAUCUAUUCCCAUUAUAUGUUUUCAGAGAUCAGAAUUCUUUUCCAAGGAUAUUUUUUUUUUCUUAUUUAGGAAGAUAGGAUCAAACUGUUCAUCAGGGUUGAAGAUGAUAAAAGUAGAGUAUUAACUGGUCCCACUAAGAACCAUGGGCAGAGCAGAGUUAAGCCAUGAAACUAGCUAGCGAAAUGCUCACUGCAGCCCACCAUCUAUGUAUUUUAAAACUUCAUGCCUUUGAUAUUUCAAAUGUGCUCAAAUCUAAACUGUCAGAAACUUCUCCGUAUAUAUUUAUGUUCCCCAGAGUCAAAUUUAAUCCCUCCGUGAUUGAUUGUACUCAGGAUAAAUGGUCGCAUAUCCAAAAAGCUUUCUCAUGCAAAAAUGAGCAAGAAAGCAGGUCUCAGUGCCAAAAGCACAUUUGCCAGUGCUAACUUGCUGUUGCAAUAAAAAACAUUUUGGGCUGCAUUUUCUUCACACCACGUUUCCUCACAUUCAACAUCUCUGCCUUCGCUUGCUGGUGUGUGUUCUAGGGGCACAAGGGUAAUGGAAAAGUAUCGUUUGGGCAUGACCUUGGUGAGCUUCCGUGAAAACAUAGUGAAAUUAUAGCUAUCACUUUGCUUUGGAUUUAAGGAGACGUUUUGGAUCAGUAGUAAGUCAUAGGAAUAUGUGAGCAAAAUGAAGAUUAAAAUGAUUUUUCCCCCUUGUUCUAUCACCGUAUUUUCCCAAAUUGAUCUCUUUGUUUUGUCCAUUUCUAUUCAUGUAACUUUUUUCAUUAAACAUGGAUCAAAACUGUCAGUUUGUAUUUUGCCUCUUUCUUUACCCCCUUAUGCU